CCACCACAGGUUUCAACUCAAUCGCCGAAAAUGAAGAUGCCCUCCUCAGACAUUUGUUCCAAGGUUAUCAGAAAUGGGUCCGCCCUGUAUUACAUUCUAAUGACACCAUAAAAGUAUAUUUUGGAUUGAAAAUAUCCCAGCUUGUAGAUGUGGAUGAAAAGAAUCAGCUGAUGACAACCAAUGUGUGGCUCAAACAGGAAUGGACAGACCACAAGUUACGCUGGAAUCCUGAUGAUUAUGGUGGGAUCCAUUCCAUUAAAGUUCCAUCAGAAUCUCUGUGGCUUCCUGACAUAGUUCUCUUUGAAAACGCUGACGGCCGCUUCGAAGGCUCCCUGAUGACCAAGGUCAUCGUGAAAUCAAACGGAACUGUUGUCUGGACCCCUCCCGCCAGCUACAAAAGCUCCUGCACCAUGGACGUCACGUUUUUCCCGUUCGACCGACAGAACUGCUCCAUGAAGUUUGGAUCCUGGACUUAUGAUGGCACCAUGGUUGACCUCAUUUUGAUCAAUGAAAAUGUCGACAGAAAAGACUUCUUCGAUAACGGAGAAUGGGAAAUACUGAACGCAAAGGGGAUGAAGGGAAACAGAAGGGACGGCGUGUACUCCUAUCCCUUUAUCACGUAUUCCUUCGUCCUGAGACGCCUGCCUUUAUUCUAUACCCUCUUUCUCAUCGUCCCCUGCCUGGGGCUGUCUUUCCUAACAGUUCUUGUGUUCUAUUUACCUUCGGAUGAAGGAGAAAAGCUUUCAUUAUCCACAUCGGUCUUGGUUUCUCUGACAGUUUUCCUUUUAGUGAUUGAGGAAAUCAUCCCAUCGUCUUCCAAAGUCAUUCCUCUCAUUGGAGAGUACCUGCUGUUCAUCAUGAUUUUUGUGACCCUGUCCAUCAUUGUUACCGUGUUUGUCAUUAACGUUCACCACAGAUCUUCUUCCACGUACCACCCCAUGGCCCCCUGGGUUAAGAGGCUCUUUCUGCAGAAACUUCCAAAAUUACUUUGCAUGAAAGAUCAUGUGGAUCGCUACUCAUCCCCAGAGAAAGAGGAGAGUCAACCAGUGGUGAAAGGCAAAGUCCUUGAAAAAAAGAAACAGAAACAGCUUAGUGAUGGAGAAAAAGUUCUAAUUGCUUUUUUGGAAAAAGCUGCUGAUUCCAUUACAUACAUUUCAAAACAUGUGAAGAAAGAACAUUUUAUCAGCCAGGUAGUACAAGACUGGAAAUUUGUAGCUCAAGUUCUUGACCGAAUCUUCCUGUGGCUCUUUCUGAUAGUGUCAGUAACAGGCUCGGUUCUGAUUUUUACCCCUGCUUUGAAGAUGUGGCUACAUAGUUACCAUUAGGAAUUUAAAAGACAUAAGACUAAAUUACACCUUAGACCUGACAUCUGGCUAUCGCACAGACAGAAUCCAAAUGCAUGUGCUUGUUCUACGAACCCCGAUUGCAUUGUCUUUGUGGAAAUGGAACAUCUCCUCAUGGGAGAAACUCUGGUAAAUGUGCUCAUUUGUGGUUGCCAUGAGAGUGAGCUGCUUUUAAAGAAAGUGGAGCCUCCUCAAACCCCUGCCUUGGCUUUCCCAGACAUUCAGGGAGGGAUCAUAGGUCCAGGCUUGAGCUCACUUGUGGCCAGAGUGCACCAAAAGGUGUUGCUACUUGGUGGAGGAACACCUCCUAGAAGCAGCAGGCCUCGGUGGCGGGGGAGGGGGGGAUCCACGUGGAAUUAAGGAGGUCUCGGUGUCGAGCUAUCUGUGUGGGCAGAGCCUGGAUCUCCCACCCCGCCCUGGCCUCCUUGGUGGUUUUGUCUGAGCUGCAAACUGGGGCCGUGUUAUGCUUCUUAGCAAUGGGCCAGGCAAAUCUCAACAAGGGUUUGGGGAUUACACUGGCAGGACAGCUGGCACUGCACACUUAACAAUAACACAGAUUCCAAGUUGCCUGGCCUACCGAAGCAGGUGUUAUUCAUGGUUUAUUCCCAGCAUGAUAAGGCUUUCAGAUGGUGAAACUGGAGCCCACUGUGAGCUGUGACUUGCUUUAAGGUCAUGCAUACCAAAAUAACUCACAAUAGAAACAAAGCCCUUUGCUACCAGAAGUGGAUUCAUUAAUACCCAUUAUCUUUUCCUAGUAAACUAGUGUACAGAACAUUCUCUGAUUAAUGGUUUUUUAUGUCACCUCAUCUAAUCGGAUCCAUACCAACACUAUCCCCUAGGCUCCACCUGCUGUUUCCCUGUCUCCUGGCACCUGGGUGGGCUUCAACCCCACCCACCAUCAUUCCUUCUCUAAGACUCCGAGGGGAGUCUGCUCAGGUUCUUCUUGCCCUCCAAAAUUGCUGCCGCUGCCCAAUCCUUCCUGAAUUUUAGCUUAAAGCAAUUUUUCUCUCUGCCCAGUUAUAAAUCCAAAUCCCUUUCUGGAGUACUUUUAGGCAUGGCUCUUGCAAGCAGUUUGCAAUCUAGGCUGGGUGGACUGGCUCACACCUGUAAUCCUAGCACUUUCAGAGGUCAAAUCAGGAGGAUUGCUUGGGAGUUUGAGACCAGCCUGCUCUCUACAGCAAGACCCUGUCUCUACAAAAAAUUUAAAAAAUUAAAAUUUUAACAAUUUUAAAUGGUGAUGUGUGCCUACAGUCUCAGUUACUCAGGAGGCUGAAAUGGGAGGAUCACUUGAACCCAGUAGUUGGAGGCUGCAGUGAGCCAUGAUUGCUCCACUGCACUCCAGCCUGGGCGACAGAGCAAGACGCAGUCUCUUAAAAAAAAUCUAAGUGGCUGGGCGUAGUGGCUCACGCCUGUAAUCCCAGCACUUUGGGAGGCCAAGGUGGAUGGAUCACAAGGUCAGGAGAUCGAGACCAUCCUGGCUAACACAGUGAAACCCCAUCUCUACUAAAAAUACAAAAAAUUAGCCAGGUCCAUGCCUAUACUCCCAGCUACUUGAGAGGCUGAGGCAGGAGAAUCACUUGAACCCGGGAGGCAGAGCUUGCAAUGAGCCGAGAUCGCAUCACUGCACUCCAGCCUAGGCAACAGAACAAGAUUCCAUUAAAAAAAAAAAAAAAAUCUAAGCAUGAAACACCUUCACAUAUUGUUACCACUGAUGUAUUUCGUCUUAUUAAUGCCAUUUAGUUUGUGCUUUCUGUAUAACAUUCUCUUGUUCCUUCACCUUUUUCCCUUCACCUUUUCCCCCCCUUUUUCAGCCUUGGCCGAGUUUGUAAUUUGUCCAUUCCUUCUUUGCCUUUAAUGGCUUGAAAGUUACAUGUCCAC